AUGUCAGCGUCUGCGGUCACACUGUGCUGUGCUGUGCUGCAGGAGGUCAUAGCUUCGUCAAGCAAUGACCGCGCGGCAGGCGGCGAGACCCUGCAUUCAGUAAUGUCACCCUUCCUUCCAACCACAUUGAGAGUACGGUUGCACAGCUUUUUCGAUCGCUCUCGUUCGCCGCGCUUUGCCGCGGCCAUCGAAGAGAGAUCGGAGACGCUGUCAACCUACGGCGUCGACACAACGAGUGAGCACACCGUUUCCGAGUUCGUCAUCCUGUGGUACAACGUGCUUCUUUCCUGCCGAAUCGAACCGUUUGUCGAUGCUGAUGAUGCUGACGGUCGGAGAGGUCGUCGCAACUGA